AAAAACACUCUUGGAACACACUUGAAGUGUGCGCAUAAAAAUGCUAAUGGCCUUGAAGCUGGCUCACAGAGCUUCACUGAUGGUGCUCUUUCUAAUCUCCACGGAUAAAUUGCAUUGCAGUAGUGUUCAAGUGGACCCUCCUGAGGAGAUUAAAAUCAUAGACCCGGGUCAUCUUGGCUAUCUGGAGAUUACGUGGACUCUACCAUCGAGUUUAAUUAAUAUCCAAGAAUGUCCUAUAAGUUACCAGCUGGAAUACUACAACGCAUAUACGAAGAGUUGGGACGUUAUUCAGACGCCUCAGAGGACAUUCAGAGCUCAGUUUGAUCUGACAAAGGACAUCAGAGUGAGAGCGUACACCCUGCUGGGUGGACGCUGCGCUAAUAACACUUGGAUCAAGAGUGCAAACUACAAAGAACUGGUGCAGAAACCUCCUGGCACGGGUCGUCACGUGAAUGCUGUGAAAGAAUUUAGGUUUGUUUUUUACAACUUGGAGCAAAUGAUCUGCAACUGGAAUAAAGACCCAAACGCGCCAGCCUCCUCGCAGUUGCAUAUGUACUACUGGCACAAUGAACUGGAAAAAACGGAGGAGUGUCCUCAGUACCUCUUCACAAAUGAAGUCAGGACUGGCUGCAACCUUACAGGAAAACGUUUCCCUGAUUUUACUGACGUCAACUUCUGUGUUAAUGGCUCCUCUCCUGAAGGCCCCCUGAAACCUACGUACGCCUCCCUUCAAAUCCAAAACUACGUGAAACCUGAUCGCCCAGACAAGCUCAAUCUACUGACUGGUCGAUUCGGCGAAAUCAAACUUUUCUGGAAGAAACCUGAUGGGAAAGUUCCCGGGCACUGCCUAGAAUGGGAGGUGGAGCGCAUCAGAGAAGGACCUCAUGGGAAAAAUGAAUCCCGCAUUUUCACCAUGCACACGAGGUUAACUUUGCCCGCUGUGGGCCACAAAGAGCGAAAUUGCUUCACUAUACGCACCAGGUUGCACAAAUAUUGUGCUGAGGGAAGCUUCUGGAGUGAAUGGAGUCCCAAAACAUGUCACACAGGUGGUUCAAAAUAUGACGGUUGACACAAUCGACUUGGAUGAUUUGCAAUGCAUUCCCUUGAGAUGGGAUUGUCUUGUUUUUUUCCCCAUUUUUUCUUUUUCUCUCUUUUUUCAUUUCUUUUUUCUUUCCCUGCGGAAUACCAUUUAUAAUCAGGAACAUUAGUAUGUCACAAAAAAAAAAAAUCUUAUCAAACUUCAUUAUGUUAUGAGUCUCUAGCACUUGAAUGACAAAGGUGUCCCACACGGAUCCACCUGGGGCCCUUUACUUUUUAUUUAUAGCAUUUUUUUUUACACUACCAUACAUUGACACAAUAUUACAGUGGUGUUUGUCAAUUCCUACAUUUACUGUGAAUGGGAUUGACCACAAAAACUAAACAAUAAGAUGGAAUAGAUAUUAUGAGCAGUGCCUGGAGUAAAGACUAAUCCUGAUGACGAUUUUUUUUUGUUUUGUUUUUUUUUUGUUUUUUUUUUUUUGUUUUCGCUUGCGAACACGAAUUUCCGGUAAGCUGCUGGAUAGUUUGGCAGAUAGUGAGAAAUUGUAUUUUUUUUUUAAAAAAAGCUUCAUUUCUUUUUUAAAAAAGCUUCCACUCAUGGUUAAUUCUGAAACUAAACAAAAAGCAUAUAUUUAUCCUCUCCAAAAUACACCCAACAUUACUGCAGUUUACUGAGCUUUUUUUUUUUUUUUUUUUUAACUGAGGAGUUUUGACCAGCUUUUAUGUCUAGAUCAGGAAUUCUUUGUGAUACCCUCCCUUAGUGGCCAACACACCAUAAGGAGCAGCACAAUAACUUAAUCAUGUUGCACAAAUUGUUUCAUUAUUCACAUUGUAUGUCAUUGUAUUAUUUGUAUGUCAUUAUAUUAUUAUUCUGUGUUUUUAUUAAUUAUAGUACUUGAUUGAAAUCAUUUUGUUAUUAGACAACAACAAUUUUUGUUGGUAUUUUUUGGGGGAGGCUCAGAUGGAUUAAUGCCAUUUUUACUCAUUUCAAUGGGGAAAGAUGAUUUGAUAUGCAAAUGUUUUGAGUAAUGAGUAUUGUCACGAAUGAAUUCAACUUGUAAGUCAAGGCAACAGUGUAUUUAUAUGUGAGUGUGUCUUCUGACCAUGUUACAGAAAAAUAAAUAUGCAUUAACAACAAUAGCCACAUUAGGUUUUUCCCUCUUGUCUAUUGUUUCCUUCCGAUCAA